AUGUUAACAGAAGCUCAACAUUAUUCAACAUCUGAUAAAGAUGAUGAUGCAGCAGAAACUGAAGGUUCCGAAAAAUAUUCACAUGAAACAUCUAUACCAUAUCGACCAUAUUCAGGUUAUUCUAUGACGACAACAUCAGCGGCACAGAGAGAAACUGCAUCACGUUCAUAUAAAUUUGCUCAAUUAGAACGUGCUGUUCUAUCAGCAAAAAUUUUAAAGAAUACUGAUGAACGAACGAGAUUUGAAAAUGAUUAUCUCACUGCUAUAGAAGAAGAUACAUUUGAUAAAUUUGCAAAUAAUUAUUAUAAAAAAAUACAAGAUCAUUAUGAUCGUAUUAAAAAAGCUGAAGAAGUUAAAAGAAUACGAAGAUUUACAUUUACUGAUUUUGAAAAUAAAUUUCUUUCAAAUUAUCCAACAAAAGAUAUUAAAAUCUUAUUUAUCAAUCAAUCAAAUCCACCGACAGUAUCAAAAAUAGCAAAUGGACGCUCAGCAUCAGCACAUGCAAAAUCAGCAACACUCGCUCCAUACGAAGAUGCAGCAAUCGAAUCAUUUUAUGAUGAUUGUUCUCGUCGUCUUCUUGCUAAUCGAAAUACUAAUGAUCCUAUUAGUAGUUCAUUACGUGCACAAAAAUUAGCAGAAUCAUAUGCACAUCGAGCUGCUCAAAGUCUUCAUGAACGUUUUCCACGUAUGUCACAAUCAGGACGUCAUGUUAAAAUUGUUGAUCAACGUGCUUCAAACAAUAAACCUAAUGAACGUCAAUUACUAGAAAUGAAUCAUAAACGUACCAUAGCAUUAAUAACACAACGUCGUCAUUUAGUUGUUAAAAUGAUGGCUCAAAAUAAAAAAAAUCAAACUAAAAUGGAACGUCAAUGGAAGCCAGCACGAAUAGGAGUAGAUAAUCCAGCUUGUUUUCGAGAAAUACUUGAAAGAGCAAAUGAAAAUGAUGAAGUUCAUCGUGAGAAACCAUUUGAACGACCUCAAACAGCAAUGAUUCCACGAAGACAACCUAUUAGAAGUGUUCCUUUAUGUGCUUCUACUGACGUAACUCCAACAAAAACAAAUACAACACCUUUAGCUUCAUCAUGUUUAACACCAUUACUUUCAUCAUGUGUAACACCAUUUCGAGAUUCUCUUUCUUUCAAUCAACUUGAAAAUGCCAAAGAUGUUCGUAUUAUUAUUCCUAAACGACCUAUCACAGCACCAACAAAAAUGGAUUGGGUUAAUUAUUGCUAA